AUGGCUCAAUUUCCACAAUCCAUCACACUGGAAGGCAAGUAUAUCACUCUCAAACCAUGCUCUCCCGACGAAGAUGCAGAAGAAUUAUUCAAUACUAGUCACGGAACAGAACACAAACUUUCAAUUUGGCAACUUUUACCAAUAGGACCAUAUGCUGAUGUGGAAACAUUUAGAAAAUUCCUCACCACUUGGUGCACUGCAACAGAUAACAAGAAUAGACCAGAACAUGUAACCUUCACUGUUGUGGAUAACAAGAGUAAGGCCAAGAUUGGUGGGCUCACCUUUAUGGCCAUCGUACCAGAGCAUGCAAGAUUGGAAAUUGGAUUUGUUUGGUACGGAAAGGAUUAUCAAAAUACAUUUGUCAAUAGUGAAUGUAACUUUUUGUUAAUGAGCUAUGCCUUUGAAGUGUUAGGAUAUCAAAGAGUGGAAUGGAAAUGUGACAGUAGAAAUGGAAGAUCGAAAGGUGCUGCUUUGAAAUUGGGUUUUACCUAUGAAGGUACUUUUAGAAAACACAUGAUUGUCAAGAAUAAUUAUAACAGGGAUUCUGAUUAUCUUAGUAUGACAGAUACUGAUUGGAGUACUAAGAAACAAGCAUUACAACAGAAAUUAUCCUACACUGACCAAGACAUUCAACAACACAACCAAUUCUUUACUCACAUUAAGAAACAAGUUAAUUCCUCCUCUCAAUCCAAAAAUGCUCGAUUGAGUAAACUCUGA